AUGGAGGAGCCAUCAGGGGUGCUCGAGCCAUCAGGGGUGCUCGAGCCAUCAGAGGUGCUCGAGCCAUCAGAGGUGCUCGAGCCAUCAAAGGAGGAGGAGGUUAACCCACUCAUGGACUCAGAAUCUUCUCAGACAGAUGAACAAGACUCCUCGGAUGAUUCAGGAAUCUCCCAGCCAGAAAACUUAGUAAAGGACAUGAGAAAGCUAACCAUCAACCCCAGGGCCAAGAAGCCUCCUGCUUCCCUGGCAAGACUUAAACUUCAUCGGCGCAGCCGCCGCAUCCGCAUCCUCCGCCGCGCAAUAAAGAUGAGAAAGGUCGAGAACAAAAGUGAGAAAAUCUUGAGGGAGGUCCAAAGUGCCUUUCCUAAGAGAAGAGUCCGCACACUACUGUCUGUGCAGAACGAUCCUGACGCGAAGAGGAAGCGAUUAAUGCGGAUUGAAAAGAAACUAAAAAGCUGCAAUGAUGGAAACGUGUUUAGCAAAGCUCAACCAUUCAAAUGCCUCUGCACUUUCUGCCUGUACCAUGGCUGGGAUCCUUCUGAGAAUGCAAAAAUUGGAAAAAAAUAG